AUGGCGGUUGUCUCGACCGGUGUUCAGUAUGAAACCUUUGCGGUUAAGGCUGAUGAAGAUAUUAGGGUUCUGUUCUACCGUGUAAGGAGUUUUCCGGAGAUCAGAAUCCAUGAGUUGUUCGCGAAGUUGGAGGUUGGUGUCGAUAGUUCUGGGGCAUCCGCUCCAGUUCCUUGCCCAGCUGCCGCGGGUGGUGCAUCUAGUUCAAUGCCUGCGAAUGCAGCAGUCAUUGAGCCUCCCCACGUUGUGAGCACCGGUGGUGGCCUCGUACCUUAUAUCGAAGACUUUGGUGGACCUGAUCAAGUAGAGAAUGCAAUGCGUGACGAUGAGUCUGACCAGGAGCCUGUUGAUAUCGAUGGUGACAGCGACGAUGACACAGGUGGCGAUCCACAUGCGCAGCAUCGGCCUUCAAGUUCUGGUUCUCAUCAGUACCCUCCACACUUCUCCACACUAAACUUGGAAGCUCUUAGUCAACAGGAAGACAGUGGUAACAGAGUGGGGGGAUCUUCUACAGAAUUUCAGAUUGGGCAAUCAUUCCAGAGUAAUGAUGAAGCUGUGCUGAGUGUAAAGGACUAUAGCAUCCGGCGAGGUGUUGAGUACAGAGUCAUCGAAUCGGAUCAUUUGAAGUAUCAUGGAAAAUGCAAGGAAUUCGGCAAGGGUUGUAGUUGGUUGAUUCGUGUAGCGCUUCGUGCACGAAAGGGGAGUUGGGAGGUUAGGAGGUACAACGGGCCACACACAUGCCUCGCAACUUCUAUUUCAUGUGAUCACCGUCAGCUGGAUUACCACGUUAUAUGUGCGAGGAUUCUUCCUAUGGUUAUGGCCGAUGCUGCGGUUACGGUAAAGGUACUUCAACAAGCGACAGAAGCUCAUUACGGUUUCAGGCCUAGUUACAGGAAGGUUUGGAUGGCUAAGCAGAAGGCAGUGGCACAAAUAUACGGAGAUUGGGAGGAGUCUUACGCAGAGUUGCCACGUUGGAUGCUAGGGAUCCAGGCGACAAUGCCGGGAACAAUCACGGUGCUGAAGACGUCUCCUGUUCGGAUUGGUGGUGGGUUGAUGAGUCCACGGUGUACUUUCACCGGCUUUUCUAGACAUUUCCACCAUGUAUCGAGGCAUUCCGGCAUUGCAAGCCCCUCGUCAAUAUUGAUGGACGGGAACUCGAACAUCCUCCCGAUAGCAUUUGCCCUUGUGGAGGGCGAAAAUGCAGAGUCGUGGUCAUUCUUCUUGUCCAAUCUCCGAGAGCAUGUGACUCCUCAGGAGGGUAUCCUUGUUAUCUCUGAUAGGCAUAAUGGGAUCAAGGCAGUGCUUGAGGCACCUGAAACUGGAUGGCUGCCUCCUCGGGCUUUCCGGGCCUACUGUAUAAGGCAUGUAGCUGCGAAUUUCGUCCUAACGUUCAAAGGUAAGGACUCAAGGAGGAUGCUGGUGAAUGCUGCCUACGCAAAGACUGAGGAAGAGUUUUACUACUGGUUCGACAUCAUGCGGACUGAGAAUCCAGUAAUGUGUGACUGGGCCAACCGUAUGGAGUAUGACAAAUGGACCCAACAUGAGGAUGCUGGUCGACGGUUCGGGCACAUGACCACAAACAUCAGUGAAUGUGUGAACUCCGUGGUAAAGGGAACUCGCAACCUGCCGGUCACAUCGUUGGUUAAGUCAACCUACGGGAGGCUUGCUCAGCUAUUUGUGGUACGGGGACAGAUAGCAGAGGCACAACUCGGAUCUGGCCAUGAAUUCUGUCAGGCAUUGGUCAAGGCUAUUGAUCGGAACCUAAGAGACUCUAGGUGCUUCACUGUGACAUUAUACGACAGGCAUCAGUCCGAGUACACCGUCGCUGAGACAACACCAACGGGGACCUUCUCGCUGGGUAGCUAUAGAGUUUCCCUUAAAGAUCACCGAUGCGACUGUGGCCACUUCCAGGCGCUGCAUUAUCCUUGUUGCCACGCCAUUGCGUGUUGCGCCUACUCCCGGCUUAACUGGGCGUCAUAUGUUCACGAGGUGUAUCGUAUGAGUGAGGUGUUCAACGUUUACAACCAGGGGUUUCUCCCACCUAUCCCUGAAGGACUAUGGCCUCCAUAUGCUAGGCCAACCAUCAUUCCUGACCAUAAUAUGCGGCGUGCAAAGGAAGGUCGUCCAAAGGCAACCAGGAUCCGCGGAAGUAUGGAUCAGUCUCAGGAGAAUCAGCCGAAGCGUUGUGGGCUAUGCCGUCAGCCUGGGCAUACGCGAAGGAACUGUCACUAG